UGUGUUAACCGUAGAACGAACGGUAACGUGUGCAUUUGUUUUCGGUGGUUCGUCUGGGAAGUCAGGGCUAAAGAUGCCUAACAUAAAAGUUUUCAGUGGUUCUUCUCAUCCUGAUUUAUCUCAAAAAAUUGUAGAUCGGCUUGGAAUUGAUUUAAGCAAAGUUGUACUAAAGAAAUUUAGUAAUCAGGAAACAUGCGUGGAAGUUGGUGAGUCAGUACGUGGAGAAGAUGUUUAUAUUGUUCAAAGUGGAUGUGGAGAAGUUAAUGACAAUCUGAUGGAAUUAUUAAUUAUGAUUAAUGCUUGCAAAAUUGCUUCAGCAUCACGUGUAACUGCUGUAAUUCCAUGCUUUCCUUACGCAAGACAAGAUAAAAAGGACAAGAGUAGAGCCCCAAUUUCAGCAAAAUUAGUAGCAAAUAUGUUGUCUGUUGCUGGAGCAGAUCAUAUUAUCACAAUGGAUUUACAUGCCUCUCAAAUACAGGGUUUUUUUGAUAUCCCAGUUGACAAUCUAUAUGCUGAACCCGCAGUUUUAAAAUGGAUCAGAGAAAACAUUUCAGAGUGGAAAAAUAGCAUUAUAGUAUCUCCUGAUGCUGGUGGUGCAAAAAGAGUUACAUCUAUAGCAGACAGACUAAAUGUAGAAUUUGCUCUGAUUCACAAAGAACGGAAAAAGGCAAAUGAAGUAGCAUCAAUGGUUCUUGUUGGUGAUGUUAAAGAUAGAGUUGCUAUUCUCGUAGAUGAUAUGGCAGAUACCUGUGGAACUAUUUGUCAUGCUGCUGAAAAAUUAAUGGAAGCAGGUGCAAGUAGGGUUUAUGCUAUCUUAACACAUGGUAUAUUUUCUGGUCCUGCCAUUUCUCGUAUUAACAAUGCUUGUUUUGAUGCUGUUGUCGUAACCAACACUAUACCUCAAGAACAACAUAUGAAAGAAUGUUCAAAAGUACAGUGUAUUGAUAUCUCGAUGAUCCUGGCCGAAGCAAUCCGUCGUACUCACAAUGGCGAAUCCGUCACUUAUUUGUUCAGUAACGUCCCAAUGUAGAAUGACCUUCCGAGAUGCGAUUCCUUUUCACCAACAACUGACAAAUUCAGAUUGUUAAUACACAUGCAUGGACCUAGAUAUUUGUAUGCUGUUUUCAUAAUAAUUUCCAUAAUGAUUCAUUGUAUUUUUUGAAUCACAUAGACCAAUAAUUCUGCUUGUAUUAGAGGAAUUCCUCUUAUUUUUUUAAUAUUAUAUACAAUAUGUAUUCAAAAAUUUGUCAUGGGAUAUACAAUUAACUAUUGAUACAAACAAAUGACAAUGGAUGUUUUUAUAUCAAAUGUUUAUAAAUUGCUCUUAAAACAAUAAUUCUUAUUAUCAGAUAACACUGUGUUAGAACGACUGUAUUCUCGUAUCUGUUAAACUCUUUGAUAUUGUUACAGGGGGGACAAUAGAUUUUUAAAAAG